CCGAGGGUCAGAAAGUAGGUCAUAGUGCACGCCAGUGCGGCAGGUGUUCAAAGGAGUUGGGCAGGUGUUCAAAAUAUAAGAAUUGACACAGAUUUAGAUCAUCAUGGUAGGCGUAAUACUACGAACAGGCACUGUGAUCAAAACCCUCCUACAACAGUCCAGAGCUGUGCAACAAGUCGCUGGAUACAACCUCAAGUCUUUCACAACCAGUCCUGUAACAUGCAAUCUCGCUAGUCAACAUGUCGGGGUGAUAGGAGGAGGGAACGUCGGGAGAGCCGUCGCCAUGGGUCUUAUCAAACACGGUCAUACAGUGACAAUAUAUGACCCUGAUACCUCCAACAAAAGCGAGCUGGAGUCCCACGGGGCGACCUGGGCACCCUCGUCGGUAGAAGCCGCGCGGGCCGCCGAAAGGGUUCUGUUCACGGCCCUGCCGGCCCCGCCUGAAGUCAGACAGGUGAUGGAAGAAGACGGCGUGUUGGAGUUGCUGAAGCCUGGAAGCUGUUGGAUCGACCACACCACCACUGACCACGAGGAAACCAGGCGACUCUUCGCCAAAGCGCAGACCAGGGGCGUCGACAUGCUGGAGUGCCCCCUAACUGGUGGUAUGGAGUUGUUGAAGGCCGGACUGAUGACUGUGUUAGUAGGAGGGGACAAGACCGUACUGAACCAGUACGAGUCACUGAUACGGAGUUAUACGGACACUGUUCUGUAUAUGGGUCCGGCGGGACAUGCCAGUAUUGUCAAGGUGAUCAGCAACAUGCUGGCCGGGGCGCACAUGGUUCUGACGGGAGAGGCCGCCAUGAUCGCGAAGAGAAACGGCGUCAACCUGAACGCCUUCUGGAACGGCAUCCGUGCGUCGGCCGGAAACUCCUUCGUGUUCGAGACCGAAGCGCCCCUCAUGUUCAACGGCACCUACCAACCAGGGUUUGCCAUCAAGCUUCACUGUAAGGACCUCGAUCUUGGGCGGAAGCUGGCGUUUGACACAAACGUCCCCAUGGAUCUCCUCAGCAUGACGGAACAAAUCUACCGCCGGGCCAUGUUCAGGUAUGGACAGGAUGCGGGAAGCUCACAUCCUCCUAAGAUGCUGGAAGAAGAUCUUAAGGUGUCUCUUAGGGCCGGGGGCUAUGACACCUGGCACUAUAGUAUCGAGAAGGUGGCAAGCGAUACCAUUGCUGUAAUUCAUCAUGAUAUUGGAGAAGAAGCCAAAAACUGGGCCGACGACGAGUCUUAGAUACUUAAAGAACCAUGACAGACAGACUUAAGGAACCAUGAAAGAGAUUAUGGUCGUUUAGCCUCAUACUCUAGAUGAAAGAACUGUUGAUGAUAAAU